CGUGACGUCUCCUCACAGCUGAAAACAGAGGCAGCAGCCAGUUGUUUGCGGGGCGCAGAUGCACUUUAAAAGACACCGUGCUGGCUACCUCCCAAAACCAGGGGAAACACACUCAGGUAGUCCCAGCAGUGGCCUGACUUGGCAGGGAGGGCCAUAUUGUCUGCUCGUGCCUUAGCCCCGUGACCAGCACCAUGGACAGCUGCGAAGAGGCCAAAGCGCUCAACGGCAGCAUGGCCCACGUCCAUUGCGAAGAGGCCCCCCCGAAGGAGAGCAUGCAGCUGAAAAAGGAAAUCUCCCUCCUCAACGGUGUCAGCCUCAUUGUGGGAAACAUGAUCGGAUCGGGAAUCUUCGUAUCUCCCAAGGGUGUCCUAAUCUACAGCGCCUCCUAUGGACUGUCCCUGGUCAUAUGGGCCAUCGGGGGGAUCUUCUCAGUGUUCGGAGCACUGUGUUAUGCAGAACUUGGCACCACCAUCACCAAAUCAGGGGCAUCUUAUGCGUACAUACUGGAGUCAUUUGGUGGUUUUAUAGCAUUUAUUAGACUGUGGACUUCGUUGUUGAUCAUCGAGCCCACCAGUCAAGCGGUUAUAGCCAUAACGUUUGCUAACUACCUGGUACAGCCGCUCUUCCCCACAUGUGAGCCUCCCUAUACAGCGUCCCGGCUAAUAGCAGCAGCUUGUAUAUGCUUACUCACAUUUAUCAACUCAGCCUACGUGAAGUGGGGAACCAGAGUCCAGGAUAUUUUCACUUAUGCCAAGGUGGCCGCACUUAUAGUCAUCAUUGUAACAGGAAUCGUUAAGCUGUGCCAAGGUUACACAGCAAAUCUGGAGUCGUCCUUUGAGGGCUCGUCCACUGACCCAGGAGACAUCGCACUCGCACUUUACUCUGCACUUUUCUCCUACUCAGGCUGGGACACGCUCAACUUUGUCACAGAAGAGAUUAAAAACCCAGAAAGAAACCUACCUCUAGCCAUAGCCAUCUCUAUGCCUAUAGUCACCAUCAUCUACAUCCUCACUAAUAUCGCUUACUAUGCAGUCCUGGACAUCAGUGCAAUACUCGCCAGUGAUGCAGUGGCCGUGACAUUUGCAGACCAUACGCUGGGGGUUAUGAGCUGGAUCAUCCCCAUAGCUGUAGCGCUGUCCUGUUAUGGGGGUCUCAAUGCUUCCAUCAUCGCUGCAUCCAGGUUGUUCUUCGUGGGCUCUCGUGAAGGGCACCUCCCCGAUGCGUUGUCCAUGAUUCACAUACAGAGGUUCACUCCUAUUCCUGCUCUCAUCUUUAAUUGCAUCAUGUCUCUGAUCUACCUCACUGUGGAGGACGUGUUCCAGCUCAUAAACUACUACAGUUUCAGUUACUGGUUCUUCAUGGGCCUGUCUAUCGCUGGACAGAUCUACCUCCGCUGGAAGGAGCCCGACCGACCCAGGCCGCUCAAGCUGACCCUGUUAUACCCGGUGGUGUUCUGCCUGUGCACUGUGUUCCUGGUGGCAGUGCCUCUGUACAGUGACACUCUGAACUCUUUGAUUGGCAUUGCCAUCGCUCUGUCAGGAGUGCCCGUCUACUUCCUCGGAGUCUAUCUGCCCGAGUCCAAGAGGCCCCCUGUCAUCACCAAGCUGUUGCGUUCACUGACCCACUUUACUCAAUAUACGUGUUACUGCGUACUGACAGAGAUGGACAAGAGCGACUAGCACUUCCCACCCACUGCCUGACCACGUGAAUGAAGAAAAAAAAAAAAACUUUUAAUUUAUUUUAAUGAUCUUUAAGCUGAAGCAUUUCGAGUUCACUUGUUUACAGCGGUGCCACAGGUGUUGAUCACUUCUGCAUUUACACUGGAAUUCAAACCGCUCUUGGGGAAUUUGACAACUGGAUAUUUUUUUCUAUACUUGGUUCACACUAAUUAGCACCCAAUCAAAUCACUUUAUGUAUUUAUGUUUCUGAUUAUUUGUAAUAGACUAUUUUAAUUUGUUUGUGUGGAAAAUUAUGUAUUUGGGAAUUGUUCUAGUCAUUAGCUUGAUGGAUUUGAUUUAAUUUAAAAAUGGUAGAAUGUUGUUCAUCACUGGCCUUGUUCACAUGGACAGCAAAAUCGGAUAAUAAUCUCAUUUUUGGGCCUUUAAUAUUACAUAAAUGACAUGUAAAUAGCAAAAUCUGGUGUAAGUAAUCAAAUGGACCAUGAUGAAAGAAAUUAGAUGAUUUGGGUUUUUACAUUUAAUUUAAAAAUCACAACAUUGUUUUCUAUUAGACUUAAGUGAGAAUAUGAUUACGUUUGAUGAGAAAUUGCUUUCUCAUCUGGAACAAAGUAAAUAUUUAUUGGAAGACACAAGAAUCACUGGUUUGAUGCUUUAUAUUUCACUGAGUAGUUUACUCUUACAUUACAUAAAUAAGAGCUAUUGUACCAUUUUAGUAUUGAAAAUGUCUUCCUCGUACUUUAUGGAAUCAUGCAAUAAAAAUAGACAAUUUGAAUUAUUUCUCUUUACAAAUAUUUCAAAUGCAAACUACCAUUCCAAAACAUUUUCUAAUUUAGGACUAGAAAUGCUAGGCAAUGCUAGCCCCUAUAUUUGACCAUUUUUCCAGAUGUAAUUGUGCGUUCAAAAUAAAACACUCCAGGCAGCAG